AUGGUCUCCUGGGGAACAAUCCAAUCCGCCGCCAUCUUCUUCGGACCCUGGCUCAUCCCCAAACUCCUAGCCUGGUACAGAUCAAUCCGCAACCGCCCAGCCUCACAAAUCAAGCCCCUCCCACGAAAAACCUCCUACGCCCUAACGGUCCUCUUCAUCUCCGGCCUCGUGGCCCUGAUCUCAACCCUCCCGCUCUUCCAACCCGAAAACAUCUUCCGCCUCACCAAAUCCCAACUCCGCACCACCGCCGGCGUCCUCCUAACCCGCCUCGCGGCCAUCCGAAACCUCACCCCUCAAGACGAAAAACUCCGCGACAUCUUCAACGAAGGCGGCCUCCCCGCGCGCCUGCUCUACGCGCGCUACGGCCCCAGCAUCCUCCUCAACUCCCCCCUCUCGCCCCCCGGCUCCCUCGACGCCCAAAAGGACUACCUCCUCUACGCCCUCCCCUCCCUCCUGCUCCCACACACCCUGCACCUCCUCACGCUCGGCCUCAUCACCUCCCCGCUCCUAGCAGGCUCCAUCCCCAGCCGCUGGCGCCCCCUCGCCACCAUCUCCGCCCUGGCCCUCGCCGCCGCCGAAGUCUACUACAUAACCACCUACAGCGACACGCCGAACCUGCGCUCCUCCCGCCUCAACGACAUCUCCUUCCCGCACUUCCAAGCCCCCCUCCUCCGCGGCCUCGCCAUCGCCACCACGGACGCCGCCCUCGGCCUCCUAAUCUACCUGCACGCCACGAACCGCGCCUUCGCCGCCCCGCCCACCCCCGCUGAACGAACCCUCGACACAGCCCUCUCCCUCGAGAAACUCCUCGUAAAAGCCCGCGGCGUCGGCGUCAUCCGGAAUGCCGUCGUGAGGGACCCGGGUGCGCGGGGGAGAGUGGAGGAUUACUGGCGCAAGGAGGGCGAGGUGAUGAAGGAUGUGUUUGAGGAGCCUGAGGUGUUGGAGGCGCAGCGGAAUGCGCUGAGGAGGUUGGAUACGGCGCGGGUGGGGAGGGAUGCGGAGGGUUUUGUGGAGACGAUUUUGGGGCCGGCGAGUGUGGCGAAUGUGGUGGGGACGGGAGGAGGACAGAGUCAGAGUCCUGUGGUUGUGGCUUCUUGA